AUGGAGGGGCUGCCUUCGGGUGAUAUACAGGCGAAGUACCAGAAAUUGGCGGCGGAGUAUUCGAAAUUGCGGGUGCAUGUAAAGGUGCUAAAGAAAGGAGUUCUAGAUGAGCAGGCUAAGUCGAAUGAGUUGCGGGAAACACUUAAGGAUAAGGAGAAAUCCUUGAGAAAAGGGGAGUUGGAGAUAGAUUCAUUGACAUUCAGAAACCAGCAGUUGACGCGGCGGGUGUCUGUCCUUCAGGAUGAACUCGAUGCGUUGCAGUUAAAAUUGACAAAGAAAUCAAAAAACAAAGGUGAUGACAAACAGCAGGCGACAGUCAGUAGCGCACCUGCAUUAGACUCGGGACUUCUACAAGAAGAGCUACAGAAGAAGAUUAUUGAGAAUGCGCAGUAUGCUUCACAGCUAUCAGACAAAGUAUUCGAAGUAUCUCAGUUGAGGGCAUCACUGGAGGACUACCAGAGACUCAUCAGUGAGAGUGACAAUAAAUACAAAUGCGAGAUAGCAAAGCUGAAGAAUAAGAACCAGGAGUUGCAGUACUCACUAGAGGAGGCUCAGAGGGAGAGGAUAGGAGGCACUCCGAAUAAGAUACACCUGGCUACUAGCAGUCAGACUGCAAGCUGUAAUGGAGACUUCUUGUCUGAAGGAGGGAGUUUGGUGGGCAGUGAAGACGCGCUUAGUUCUGUAGAAGAUAUGAAUGUUACUGAGCAGCUCAGUAUAAAAGCUCAUUCAUUAGAACAGGAAAACCAAAAACUAAAAAUGGAGUUCGAAAUGCUUCGAAUGGAAAACGAGAGUCUGAAAUUAGAGGUAGCAAAAUAUGUAUCCGCUUCACAAAAGAGGAGAGGGGACGGUCAUGAUUCCGGUGACUUCAACACUUUUGGGGAGACCUCCGUGGAUGCUGAGGGAAGGGUCACAGGUCUACUGGGUAGCCUCCAGGUACCCUUCCUCCUUACCCAGGAGAUAGAGACCAGGGAAGAAAGAAUGAAGACAUACUUUAGGAAUAAGAUUAGCGAACUGAAGAUAGAAAAAGAAGAAUUGAAGAGUAAGACUGAACAUUAUGUUAAAGAGUGUGAGAUGUUACGACUCCGGUUCGAAGAGAUGGAGAGAGAUAAACAGAGCAACGAGCACACGUUGAGUGAGAAACACAACACUAUCAGUAGACUGGAAGAAGAGCUCCAUUCAACGUCGCACAACUAUGAGGAACAGAUGUCAGUUCUGACGGAGCACGUGGCAGGUCUCAACGAGCAACUGACGAGACAACACGACGAGAUACAACUACUGAAGCAUGCGCUUAACACUAGGAAGAAGUAA